UUGUUUAUUUGAAUUUGAUUUGAAUUGAAGAUCAAAUUAUUUAAUGAAAUAAAGCAGCAAUCUAUCUUAUUUAUUUACAACGUGAAUAAUAUGCGAAGGACAUACAGAUCAAAAAAAGACGCCAGCGGCGCUCUAGAUCACAAAGAUGUAUUACUUACCAUGGAUGAGAAAAGUUCGGCUUUUGAUGCUUUUUACAUUCAAAAUAUAAAGCAAACUAAAAGAGAAAUGUCUUCGGUGAACUUUUUAGCUGCCCCUCCAAGUAAAGUGCGUAAAAGAAAAUAUGUUAAACGUAUAAUGAAAGAUCCAGAGCCACAGAGAGAGUCUUUGUUAGAUUCGGUAUAUCUCACGCCAAACAAAUCUCUACGUGUCAACAAACCUUUGGAUCCUUUUGACCAGCUAUUGAAUUCUCCUUCGACUCAUCAGAAUGAUUCGCUGAAAGUCAAUAAAGGCGGCUUAUUUGGAUAUCAGAAUACAGCAAAGACAUACCGUAAAAAUAAGGUCACCAAAUGUAAGAAGUAUAACUAUUCCAGCAGUGAUACUACAGAUUCUGACAAAGAAAAUUCUGAUAACACGGGAACACCGGACACAUCUAACAUAAAGAAACAUGAAUUAUUAAUAGAGAGGCAUACUAAAAAAUCUCAUGCAAUUUUAGAUAAAUCCAUCAAAGAUUUGGUACAAAAUUUUUCUACGUUAAAAAAGGCCAGUCCAAAAACGCCAGGGAAAUUAUCUAGAUCCUUCAAACUUGUCAAGAACAGAUUAACUACUAAUAUUCAGUCGCCAAUAUUAAAAAACUCCCCAUUGUGCAGUACACCUUUUAAAGAAAAAUAUAGAGGAAAAUCAAUUUAUAAUUUUUCACCAAUCAGUAAGGUUCUAAGUGAGAGUCUAGAUAUGAAUACCUCUCAAAAUAGCAAUGAUAGUAUUAUAUUGGUUUCAAAGAAAAAACUUAAUGUAUCAAAUAAAAAAGAAAUGGCUAUUUCAUCAGAAAUUUAUAAAUCACCUGUAUUUAAAACACCAGACAAUUAUAAAGCACAUACUACUUCCACCAAUGAAAAUUUCAAAGAAGAUUUGACUGUUAAAGGUAAUUCAUUAUGUGAAGUAUCUGAAAUGUCUUUGAAAUCUAAGAGUGGAACAACAGUUACUGAUGAUAAAGUACCAACACUUCAGGAACAUAAUAACAAAACAACACAAGAGGAAUCUGAUGACAAAGUCUUAUCAAGUGUUGAAAUUAGUUUACAAACUACUGAGCUUGAACCAUUCAUAGGAUUUACUAAUAAUGAAUCUGUUUUUAAGUGUGAUAUUAAAUUACACUCAACUUCAGGAAAUAAUUGUAGUGAUAGUGUAAUACUUCACAGAGUUUUAAAUGAAGAACCUAUGACAAUAAAAGAUAAAGAUAUAGUUUAUGUUUCCAGAAGUUUUGUAGAAAUAUUGGACAAAGAUAAAACAGAUUUAUCUCAUCACACCAAUUAUUCAGUAGAGAACAGUGUAAUGUUGUUUUCUAAUGAUAAUCCCUUAGCAAUAGAUAUUAAAGAAGAAAAUGGUUCUGGUAAUUCACAUGAAGAAGACAACUUUGAUAAUAGUGUGAUGUUGCCUAAACCAUUGGAAGAAACUAAUCUAGAAAUAAAUAGACCUAAUGAUCAAUUUAAUAUUAGUCAAAGUUCUACUAAUAAGUCGUCAGAUAGUUAUGUUGAAUCCGAAACAUCACAAUCACAAAAUAAUACUGUAGAUCAACAUAUUUCAAAAGAUAUUAUUGUGGCAAAUGAUACAUGUUUAGAUGAAGAUCAAUCAAUAGUUGAAGAUUCUGAUAAUCAAUCCUUAUAUGAUACUUGUGAUAGUGGAGACACAUCUCAAGAUAAUGGAGACAAAUCUGAAGAUGAUUAUGAAACCCAUUGUAGUAAAUUGCCUAUAGUUGAAUUAGAGAGACUUAAUGAUUCUGUAUUUCAGAAAUAUUACAAAAAUGUGUCAGAGUGUGACGAAAAUAGUCAAAGUAGUCAAGACAGCGAGAAUUAUGAGAGUAUUGGUAAUAUUUCUGGUGUCUCAGAUAACUCAAAUGAAAGUUAUAGUUCUGAAAUCGGGAAACAAAAUAGCACUUCAGAUGUUUCUAAAGAACUAUCUGAUGACACUGAUUCUAAUAGUAACACAGAUGAAGAUAGAUGCAUAAGCUUUGUUACAACUAGGAGAAGGAAUGAAGUGACAAAUAAUUCGAUGAUACUAGCUUUUAAUGAUUCUUAUGGAAGUGUUAGUAGUGUAGAAUGUGAUAAGACUGUACUUAGCAUUAAUAGAAAUAGUCAUGGGAAGUCUGAUAUUAAUGACAUUGAGACUACCUUAGUUCAUAAAGCAGAUAGUCCGAAGAUUGGAAACAUUUCAGUUGAUGUAGCAAAACCUAAUACAGCUAGAUUAUCAAAUGUUGUUACAAGGAAAAGUGCAAGAAGAAAGGAGUCAUUAUUAAAAGAUGAAGCUAAGGAUGAAUAUGUAGAUUCUAAACCAUCAAUAAUUUUGCAACCAGGCAAAAAAUGGGAGAGAUCUUUGAGUAUCUAUAGAAGGAUAACUAUGAUGAAUGAUCAUUUUGAUCAUUCUGUGUUGGAAGAUGAGCCGAUGGAGCGCAAAGGAAGAAAGUAUAGACAGAGUGUCAUUAAUACAAUGGAAAUGCAAGACAAAAGUAUACUACACAAUGAAUCACUUAAUAGUCGAAGGAGCACCUUUGUGUCCAAGCCUUGCAGGUCUACGAUUAAGAUUGUGAAAGAACCCAAUAAUUCCAGAAUAAGCUCAUGUGCCACGGCUGUAUUCGAUGAUUUUAAAGGAUUUCUGAACGAAGAUUGUGAUGAUACGAUUGUCGAAUUAUCCAAAUUAUCAAUCGCCGACUCGGAACACGAGGUCACACUAUUAGAGAAUUUUCAUGACAGUGCGGGUCGAGUCGCCACAGCAAGAGAUUACGUCUUGCGACGCUGUAAUCAAACAGAGGUCCUACUGUUUGAUGAAUGCUAUCCAGAUACGGUGCUAAAGAACUGCCACAAGAUCGGCGAGGGCGUGUACGGGGAGGUGUUCCUCUGGCGCGCGAGGGAUGGCCGAGCUCGUGUUAUGAAGAUUGUGCCCAUCGCCGGCGCCACCAAGGUCAAUGGGGAGAGCCAGAAGGACUUCCACGAGAUUAUCUCUGAGAUUGUGAUUGCUAUGGAACUGAGCGCCCUACGCGCUCCCAUAGCAGAAAUAGAACGCCAUUUUGAUGAGGGGAAGGAAAUAGAUGCACUGGACUUGCAUUCUGUGGAGAAUGCUACUGAUGUUUUUAACGAGGUACUCGCAGUGAAGUGCGUAUACGGCAGCUACCCGUCUCGCUUGCUCGACCUGUGGGAGUUGUAUGACGAGUGUAAAGGCUCAGAGAACGACAACCCAGCCAUCUUGCCGCUGGAGCAGCAGUACAUUGUGCUGGAACUCGCCAACGCCGGCCAGGACCUCGAGAGCUACCAGUUCAACAGUGCCGAGCAGGCGCACCAGCUGUUCUUGCAGGUUGCUUUCGCGCUCGCAGUUGGAGAGGAGAGUUUCCAGUUUGAGCACCGUGACUUGCAUUGGGGCAACGUGUUGAUUGCACCUACAGAUCAAAAGUUCGCGACAUUCGUCCUCCGCGGACGGGCGCACCGGGUCCCGCGCUGCGGCGUGGCGGCCACCAUCAUCGACUACUCGCUGUCGCGGCUGUCGCUGGCGCUGGCGGCGCUCUACAACGACCUGGCCGCCGACGACGGGCUCUUCGACGCCAGGGGCGACUACCAGUUCGAGGUCUACCGCCGCAUGAGGGACAAGUUGGGAAAUGAUUGGAAGAAUUUUGAGCCGUACACAAACAUACUUUGGCUACAUUACACUGUUGAUAAAAUGAUAACGGCCCUCCGCUACAAACGGACCAAUACAAAGAUUCACAAACACUAUAUUGCAAAGCUGAAGGGUAUCAAGAAUCGAAUCCUGGACUACGGCAGUGCGGUCCAGUUCGUGCUUACUGACAACGAAAUAUAAACGAUGAUAUAAGACAUAAAAAUUAACAUUAUCAUAUUUAAAUUACAAUAUUUUUUCACUAGUAAAUAUUUUUCAAAAUGGAUAUUAGCGCUGUUUGCUGUUGUUAUAAAAAUUCUGACAUAGAUUGCAUAAAUUAUUAUGUAGAUAGUGUUCGCUUUGGUAAAUUUGUUGAAUUUAUAGACGCUAAAAGGAUAUACUGCAGUGUUGUCGCAUUGAAACCGCAAAAGGGUGCCUUCUUAGCUAAGGUAGUGCCUUUGUUCACAUUACAAAUAAAGUCAUAUAUCAAGUUCAA